GGGCAAGAAGGCCGGGCCCCGCGGGCUGGCCGACACCAUCUUCUGCCGCUGGGCGCAAGCAGAAUUUGCAGUUUGAACCUCAUGAAUCCCAUUUACCAGAAUCUUCAAAGUGGAUACAGGGGAAUGUAGUGCAAAGGCUGGAUCUGCACUUUGGUGUUUCCUGGCAUAGAUGUGAUGGCUUGGGAAGGAGUUAGGAGGAGGACUGAACCCUAAAGAAACAUACCCAUGUUAGGAGUGAUUUUCUUCAUUGAUCCAAGAGACAAAUUCCAUUCAUAAAGCCGCUCUUCAGAUCAGCUCUAAGGCGUGUGGCAUCAGGUCUACACAACUAUGAAUGUCUUGCAGUUAGGGUAUAGACAAGCGUGGAUUGUGCAAACAGCUGGAGGAAGUGGUUACACCUAUUGGCCCACCUCUGCCUACUUGUUGCUGCUUGUCUGCCGAUUUGUCUUUAGUGAAUCUGAAUCAACUGCAUUAGAACAAUUUGAAGGUGGCCCUUGUGCAGUGAUUGCACCUGUACAGGCAUUCCUUUUGAAGAGGCUUUUUACCAGCGAAAAGUCUACUUGGAGAGACUGUCCAGAAGAGGAGCAGAAGAACCUUCUCUGUCAUACAUUAUGUGAUAUUUUGGAAAUGACUUGCUCUGAUAAUUCUGAGUCGUACUCUCUGGCAACGUGGAUAAGAGGAAAAACAACUGAAGAAACUGCUAGCAUUUCUGAAAGCCCUGCAGAAUCUAGUCGUCAAGAGCAACAACCUUCUGCCUUGGCUGUCGAAGAGCUUGGCUUUGAGCGAUUUCAUGCAUUAAUUCACAAACGAGCAUUCACAAGCUUCCCUGAACUGAAGGAUGCAGUUUGGGAUCAAUAUUCAGUGUGGACAAACAGAUUUGGAGUAUUGCUCUUCCUGUAUUCUGUAAUACUGACAAAGGGUAUUGAAAACAUAAAAAAUGAAAUUGAAGAUGCAACUGAGCCAUUGAUAGAUCCUGUUUACGGUCAUGGAAGCCAAAGUUUGAUUAACCUCCUGUUGACGGGGCAUGCUGUUUCUAAUGUGUGGGAUGGAGACAGAGAAUGUUCAGGAAUGAAACUUCUUGGUAUACAUAAACAGGCAACAGUAGGCUUUUUGACAUUGAUGGAAUCUCUGAGAUAUUGUAAGGUUGGCUCCUAUUUGAAAUCUCCAAAAUUUCCCAUUUGGAUACUUGGCAGUGAAACACACCUCACAGUCUUUUUUGCCAAGGAUAUGGCCCUUGUUGCUCCUGAAGCGCCUUCAGAACAAGCUAGAAGGGUUUUCCAGACAUAUGACCCUGAGGAUAAUGGUUUUAUACCUGACACUCUGCUAGAAGAUGUAAUGAAGGCUCUGGACCUUGUUUCAGAUCCUGAAUAUGUAAACCUCAUGAAGACCAAAUUAGACCCAGAAGGACUGGGCAUCAUAUUACUGGGUCCCUUUCUGCAAGAAUUUUUCCCUGAGCAGGACUCUAGGGUUUCGGAGUCAUUCACUGUUUACCAUUACAAUGGACUGAAGCAAUCUAACUAUAACGAAAAGGUCAUGUAUGUAGAAGGCACAGCAGUUGUUAUGGGUUUUGAAGAACCAAUGCUACAGACCGACGACACUCCUGUAAAGCGCUGCUUGCAAACCAAAUGGCCAUAUAUAGAAUUACUGUGGACCACAGAUCGAUCUCCUUCUUUAAACUGAUAUGUUGCCCAUAAACAACAUACUACUAUCGAAUCCUUGAACGGGGAUACAAGAAUUGGUAUUUGCUUGGAAAGUGGUAUAUUUUGACUGUGUGAAGUUAUACACUGGUAUCAUUGAUGAAUUGUAAAUAAUGAUUACAAACACUUUUUCAGUGUUAAUUGGAAUAUUUAAUUUUUUAAUCAGAUUGAUUUCUAUUAUAAUAGUUUGUCUUUUUUGGCCACUGUAGUACUGUUAAUGUGAGUUAUCCUAAAAAAAAAAAGCCUACUUAUAAAGUCUUAACAUUAUUUUGCCAUCUCAUGAAGAUUUGAAAAAUGUCUGAUAUUGCAGAAUCUGCAUAUUAGAUGUCAGAUCUUUAAAACAUUAAACAUAUUCAGCUUCCUCUGAAUCAUAUAGGCAUGUUUUAUUAUUUAAAUUAUAUUGGCUUACAUUACAGUACCAUAAUGUGUGGACUAGACUGGCCUUUGCACUGGAUAUGUUUUAAUGAGUUUAAAUUUUCUGCAAUUUUUCCUAAAAUCUAAUUUUACCUAAAGAGCUUGCACAAUGUGACAUAAAUAUGAUACAUUUUUAGGACUAUUAAUAAGUAUAAUUCAUAAAUACUCUUUCUUGGCAGUUGUAUAUUACUGUGGCUUAGUUAACGGGCAUGUUAAAAGUGAACAGAAAAUCUGAGGAAAAAUAGAUGUAUUAAUAUUUAUUUGAAUUUGUAUAAAAGAAAUGUAAAAACAGCAGAAAUAAUUUCUUGUUCUAUAAUCUUUAAACUAUUCAAACUUAUAAUAUUGCCAAAUACCUCUUCUCAAUUUGUCCAAACAGCAGUGUAAGCCAGCAUUAUUGUAUGUGUUAAGUGCAUGAGAACAUCUGUUAUUACAUUAUUAUAUUCCUUUAUUUAUUAUCAACUUGUUAGCCCUAAAAUAAAAUCUUUUCCUUGAA